AUGUCCUUCCUCACUUCCACCAUCCGUUCAACAAUCGCCCCCCGUGUGGCCCUUCGACCAUCUUAUACCGUCACCUCCGCCUUCCAUACCUCUCCUCUUCGUUCGGGUCUCAAAGAAUCUGAUCACAACCGAGAGGACCUACAUAUCACCUACGAAGAGCACAAACAGGAGCAAUUGAGAAGCACCAAGGAAGGAAAGGGGAAGUGGAAGCAGGAACUUGCUAGUAACAGUGAAGCUUCGGUCAAAGCGGAUCGGGGUGAGCUCGAUAGUGACGGACACGAUCUGAAAGAUCUACAAGAGAAGACAAAGCAUCUACCCAACCAGGAGGGGCCAGGGAGUAAGACUCAAUAA